GGUUUUUUUAUGUUAAAAAGGCUUUGUUCAAUCUUGUGAAAAGAAGAUGCGUAAUUUAUAUCUUUUAAAGGGAGAAAAAACAGUUUUAUGCAAUGAAAAAGAGGAAAAAAGAUGUAUUAAUGAGCUAUCAUUUAAUUCAAGUUGUUAUUCAAGUGUUAUUGUGUGUAGUUUGGGAGAAAUAGAUGAGUCGAUUUUGAUUGGAGAGAUGAAAAAUGAUCUAAAAGUCUUAACAAUAGUUGAUAAAAAAACGCUAUGGGAUUUAUCUAGUUUUUUGAAGUUGGAAAUAAUUGAUUUUCAAUUUUUAUCAGAAAUACAAACAAGUUGUAUAAUUAUGAGGAAUGGAGAUAUUGUUUUAAUACGAAAUAAUGCUUCAUUGGAAGAAGAAAAGGCGGAAAUUGUAGGAUCAGUAGAAGGAGGGAUUGUUGCGGCUAAAUGGGCGCCUGACGAAACAAUUCUUUCUAUUUGUACAGGAACAUCCAGAUUCUUAUUACUAUCUCAAAGUUUUGAAACAAUUUCUGAGAUAACACUUCAGGAAUCUGAUAUUAAUAUAAGCAACCAUGUUUCUAUUGGAUGGGGAAAACCAGAGACGCAAUUUCAAGGGAAAAAGUCCAAGAAUAUAUCUCGUGAUCCAACAAUUCCUGAUAAAGUAGACGAAGGGAUUUUAAGUCCUCUUGAUGAUCAAAUUACUAGAAUAAGUUGGAGACAAGAUGGUGCUUUUGUAGUAUUAUCUAAAAUAGAAUCUGAAAACAAAAGAAUAAACCGUGUAUUUUCUAGAAAUGGAACAUUGGAUAGUGUUAGUCAACUAGUUGAUUAUUUGGAAAGUCCUUUAGCAUGGAAACCUUCUGGAAGUGUUAUUGCGUCUAUUCAAAGAAAACCUAAAGAAUUGGAUGUGAUAUUUUUUGAAAGAAAUGGACUUCGACAUGGAGAAUUUAGUUUAUUAACAUCAUUAUUAAGUGAUGAACGAAUUAUAGACAUUCAAUGGAAUUGUGAUUCUACACUGCUUUCUAUCUUAUUAUCAAACAAAGUUCAAUUUUGGUGUAUGAGUAAUUAUUAUUGGCAUUUGAAAUAUGAAAUUAAAUCUAAUAAUAACAAAAAUAUAUCUAUUAAAUGGCAUCCAAAAGUUCCUUUAAUUUUUACACUAAUUAAUGAUGGUAAUUUAAUAUUAUAUAAUUUUUCUUGGGUAAUAAUAUCAUCUCCUCUAAGUCUUCCAUAUGAUUAUGGAACAAUUGCUGUAGUAGAUGGAAAUAAUUUAAAAUUAACACCAUUUAAAAUAGCAAAUGUUCCUCCACCAUUAUCAUUUAAAGAUAUUAAACUUUCUGGAACACCUACUUCUAUAUCAAUAAGCAUGGAUUCGAAUUAUAUUUUGUCUUUAAUUGAUAAUAAAGUCGAAAUUAUUCAUUGGCCUUUAAAUACAGAUCUUACUUCUUCACCAAAACUUAUUAAUAAAUUAGAUUUAACUGAAUUACUUGGUGAUUAUUAUCCACGGCAAAUAUUAUACUUAGAAGACAAUAUAUUCACCAUAUUACUAGAUACUUAUAAUACAUCUAAAAUUUUAUUUUUUUCAUAUGAUCUUCAUAAAGAUUUUAAAUUGCUUAAUAGUAUUACUUUCGAAUCAAAGAUUGCUCUAACUGAUGCUGCAUCUGAUGGAAAAUCUGUUAUAGCAGAAUCUAUUAAAGGUGAAGUUUUCAAUUUAUUUUUAAAAAAAGAUGGUGAAAUUGACAAUAUAUUAUUAUUUUCAUUGCCUUUAUUUUGCUAUUGCAUGAAGAAUAUAGAAUACACAAAAGAGAAAAUUGUCUUUUUUUUGAGUGAUACUGGUAAACUUUUUGCAAAUGAUCACUUAAUUUCCAAUAAUUGUACGUCAUUUAUUUGUUGUAAGGAGUAUUUAAUUUUUACAACAACUUUACACUUGGUAAAAUUUGUCAAAUUAACAUCUAAAGUUGAAGAUUUUAUUAUACCUUCUGAUGAGGCUACAAAUAAAAAUAUUCGUUCUAUAGAAAAAGGUGCAAUAAUAAUUUCAGUUAUACCAUCUAUUACAGCUUUAAUUUUUCAAAUGCCUAGAGGUAAUAUUGAAACUAUAUAUCCUCGAGCUUUGGUCCUAUCUAGUGUAUAUAAAUUAAUUGAAUUAAAAAAAUAUGAUAAAGCAUUUUCAUUAUGCAGAACACAUCGCAUAGAUACUAAUGUUCUUUAUGACUACAAUCCUUCACAAUUUUUAGAUAAUAUAUUUCUUUUCAUAACUCAGCUCAAUAGCAGUGAAUAUUUAAAUCUAUUUUUAUCGACUUUAAAGGAAGAAGAUCUUAUGAAGACUUUAUAUAACAUGGAAUCAGCGAGAGAUGAUACAUAUAAUGAAACAAAAGUAUUAGAUACAAAAUCUUCUAAGGUCAAUAUGAUAUGUGAUUGCAUUUUAAAAGUUUUGAAAACAUAUUCAGAUGAUAAAUAUUUAGAAUCUAUUUUAACAGCACAUUUAAGUAAGAUUCCAGUAGAUUAUGAUUCUGCAUUAAAAUUGAUUAUUGAUCUUAAAAAUAUUGAUUUAAAUAAUGCUAAAAAAGGAAUUAAAUAUAUUUGUGUUUUGGCUGAUGUUAAUAAACUAUACGAUCAUGCAUUAGGAUUAUAUGAUCUGUCUUUAACUCUUCUUGUAGCGCAAAAUUCACAAAAAGAUCCUAAAGAAUAUCUUCCAUUUCUUGAAGAUUUACAAAAGCAAUCAAUUAGUCGUAGAUGUUUUAAUAUUGAUAAUUAUUUAGAAAGAUAUGAAAAAGCAUUGAUGCAUUUGAUUGAUAUAGGUGAUGAAGUUUUUGACGAAUUGUGUAAUUAUGUUGUUCUUCAUAAUCUUUAUAAAGAAACAUUGAGGAAGGUUCAAAAUAAUUCUUCAAAUUAUAAUAAAAUCUUAGAACUUUAUGCACUAUAUCUUGAAAAAAAUAAUCAUUUUGAAGACUCUGCAAUAGCUUAUGAAAUAUUAAAUAACUAUGAACGUUCUAUUAUUAUGUAUAAAAAUGCAGGAUUAUGGAGAAAAGCAUUAACUCUUGCAAUGAAAUCUAAAGUUUCUGAAGAUGAUCUAAAUAAAUUAGCUGAAUCAUUAUAUUUUAUAAUGCAAGAUAAAAGAAAAUUCUCUGACGCAGCUGAUAUUCAAAUUUAUUAUUUAAAAAACUUAAAAGAAGGGCUACGCUUAUUAUGUAAAGACUAUAAUUACAAUAAAGCAUAUGAAUUAGCUCAAUAUUAUAAUUCUAAUGAAUUAAUACAAGAAGUUAUUGUUCCUAGCCUUAUGGAUGGAUUCUCUGAACUUAAUGAAUUAUUUUCUGAGCUUUCUUGUCAACUAAAAACGCAAGUAGAACGUAUUAGAAUUCUUAAGAAAAAAAGGGAACAGGAUCCAUAUGCAUAUUUUGAAGCAAAUAUCAAUGAUAUUCCUGAUGAUAUAUCUCUUGCUGAUACUAAUACAUCAGUAACAGCAUCUAUUUUUACUCGAUAUACUUCAUAUACUACCAAUACAAAUUCAUUUUAUAAAAAAAAUCAAAAGAAUUCUAGAAAAGAAGAGAGAAGAAAAGUACGUAAACAUAAAGGAAGCAUAUGGGAAGAAGAAUAUUUAUUAAAUAGUAUAAUUCGUUUGGUUGAUAGACUUGAAGAUGCUAGAAAUGACUCUGAGAAGAUAAUAAAAGGUCUUUUAUUAGAAAGAAUGAAUGAGAAAGCUAAUAUACUUCAAAAACAAAUGAUAUGCCUAAUAGAAGAUGUCCAAGAAUCUAUUAAAGAGAUAUUUGCUCAAAAUUCUGAAGAUUUAACAGAAAAUAUACAGAAUAACUUUAAAACAAUCCCUGUAGUACGAUCUGUAAAUGAAUUAAAAAUUUUAAUUUAAAUUAUAAAUAUAUAUAUUAUAGAAAUUAUGCCCUCGAAAAUCAAU